AUUGGAGACAUCGCAGUCGUUGAGGCACUGAGACACGUGGAUCAUCUGCAAUCCGUCGGGCAUUUCAACCGAACUCAAUCUGCGUGUUGUCCUCGCAUCAAAGCACUCCACCAAAGCACUCCACCAAAGCAAUCCAUUCAUCCCCGGUUGCCUUUAUCACCCGGGUUUGCAAGCCGUUUCUCUGUAUCAUUUCUCUCGCAUAUUUUUUAUUUCAAAAUUCUAACCUUCGUUCGUUCACUUUACUCUCGCUACCACUCUGAAAAUGGCAACCGAAGUGAGGAACAUGGCCGCUUUGCCGAAGGCCGUGUUCAACCAUAUUGCACUACCCCCAAAUCUUCCUGGCAAAGCCGAGCCGUUCAUCGAUGCUGUCGACCUUGAGUUGACGAAUCGAAUGAUCGCAGCUUGCAAAGUGGCAGCAGGCGAGGGUCCACUGGAGUGGGCGCCCCAGUUCAACAGCAUUCGUAUUAUGCUUCAGUCUUUCAGGACUGUGAAUUUCGAAAAUGCCAUGGACAAAGCGAAGCUCCUGGCAGCAUUGGCCGAACUUGGACCUGGCAUGUCACUUGUACUCUACAUCAAGGAACAAAAUUGUGGUCUUGUUAUCCGAUAUGACAGCCAGGGUGGUGACCACGCUCAGGUGUUCUUUGAGGCGUUCGAGGCCUCGCCUCUUUGCGACCAAGUCCUCGCAGCGACUAGUGCGUUGCGUUGGGAUUUUCCUACCACCAGUUCUGCAAUGUUGCACACAGACUUCGAGAAGCCUUUGUUUCAAGAGCAGCUCGCAGAAUUUCUGGAACAAGCUGCUACGGAGUCUAUUGAUCGGUUCGCUGCCCGAACGAAGAAAGCUGGCGCCCAGAUCAUCGAGACUCGUGAAACAGCGGACCCCUCCCUCAUUACGGGAUGCCUAUUGUCUCUUGUUGAGGCAUGUGGUUACCGAGCCAACGUACCGUUGCUCAGAAAGCGUGUUCGCGAUGACGUGGUUUGGCAUGACUCUGACAAGCCGUGGAGGAGAUCUGCCGUCUGGCUAACCCUUCGGGUGGCGGUGCAAAGGACCCUCAUGCUGCAGUCUAAGCGCUCAGGACGGGCACUUUACAAGAUGGUCAUGUGUAUGUUGCUAUGCAACUUUCUCCAAGAUUGCAUCGGCAAGCUCGAAUGUGAAGAGUUGGAAUUACUGAAAGCAAAGCUCGCUCGAAAACUCACGAAAAUGGAGUCUGAUCGCGAAGUUGCCUCACCUUCUGCGAAACAAACGUACGAGGUGCUCCUUGCGUGGGGACAGCCUUAUUUCAAGAACGCGCUGAAUCGGACCAAUACAUAUUUGGCGGACGUUUGGGAAAAUUUCAAGACCAAGACCAAGAGACCAGUCUACCGAAUUCCGCUUAGAGCUUCACCAAAGGAUUGCACAUUAUCCCUCCCCCACAGCGGCCAGUAUAUCCAAAAGCUCCUUGAUGAAGCCAAGAUUUCGGGGUACAAGACCCGGAAUCACCAGCCGCCCAGCACACAUGUGUCCGAUCCAGCGUCAGAAUUCACAAAGCGAUAUACGUCCCUCGCUGCGAAGGAGUUGGAGAUACGCGCUGCGCUUGUUGAUACCGAACACCCGCUUUCCUUGGCCGAGAUUACAAGCUGGAUCGACACAUGCCUCGCUGCUGCGUUGGAGGCAUAUGCUGGCGACUCUGUUCAAUGCAGUUUGAUGAUCCUCCUUGUGAUGGAUCUCUGGGUGGCCAUGGACCGAGGCGCCAUUAAACACUAUCCGUUACUCAGAGAGUACGUGCCACCGUUUUCAUCGAGCCUGCUACACGGUUUGGAAAUUCCAAAACUCGCCGAUAUGCACCGGUUGGCAAAAGUCCAGCUGUACCUAGAUCGUAGGCACUCUAAUGCUCGAAUGGGUGCUGUCACGAUUUUCGAGAGUCCGGGACCCAGUUGCUUUGCCCAUCGAUACUUUAAGGAAGGGCAUAGCUCUGCGGCACUCCAGUCGCUAUUUAAGCAUCUGCACGCAGUACACCAAGUGCGUCGGACUGAUAAGAAGGAUGAAUGGGAAUCUCUCACGUCGGAGUACACAGACUACAUGAAAAAGCGGGCAUCUCUCACUUGUUUGUACACAGAGAACGGUGAGUGGCCCUAUGGCCAGAUCCACGAUUCUGACGGAUGUGGGCGAUGCUAUCUCGGGAGGGUCACAAAAAGAAUGAGAAUUCGCAUCCUCGAGAAUCCGUUGCCCUCAGAUGAGGUCAAGGCGCGGGUGGUGUGUUUUGAACUCUUAGCGCCUGACUCCUACCUGAAAUAUAGAGAUUCGACAUUCAAGGUCCUCAGGACACUUGGGCUAGAAGUGGGAGCUGGAAAGGAGCCAAAAGAUUUUGUCCACACAUAUUCUCAGCUUGCCCGCCGCUCCUGUCAUACCCAAGCGACGGGUGUUGUGCUUGCGUCGCAGUCGAAAUCGCUUCUAGAAACCCAUUACAAGGAGAGCGCAUUUCCAGUGGAUCUCGAGGAUAUCCUCUGCGAGAAUAAUCUGAACUGGGAGUACUACGACAUUGAAUCCGGUGUCUGGUUGAAGGAUACUGCCCGCCCAUCAUUCUCGAGGCACUGCAUGCUUCAGGUCCCCGCUGGAUCAACCCAAUCCGCUUUUCCACUCCUUAGGGAAAUCUCCACUGGUAUCACAGGCCCCUCUACAUCCGAGGUUCUUGCAGCGCAGUUCCAUUGUGCGAACGGCACGAAUGUGCAUGAAUAUCUGUCCUUUCUCUCACUUCCAGGAACGAUGGCUUCUAGAUGGCAAACGAUGCUCGUUGAACUCGGAUCCCUAAAUCUGAACUUCAGCGCAGAAGCAACAGUACUCCUAUUUUCGCGCCUAGCGUUACAAGCUGGUCCGGGACACAGGGAUGGAGUCCGGCGUACAGCUCACGCUGUCUUCGAAGACAACUACUUUUGCGAGAAGCUAGUUGCACAACUGGAACAGCGUGUUGAUGUUUUAUGGGGCAACUUCCGCGAAUACGCUGUCAUGGAAAUGAUCAUCACUCUUGCGUUACGGAUCCAAUCGCUUGCCCAUCGCGAUGUUUCAAAAACCAGGACGUUGAAAUUGCUGAAGACUGCGCGAGAGAUCACUUUCGGAUGGAUCCAGGACUUGCGAACAAUCAUGCUGAAGGGAACUUCUGACGCAGACGUCUCGAAUAAAGUCACGACAUACUCCCUCUGGGGCUCUCUCUUGUGCCGAAUCACCUUGUCAGGAAGAGCAGAGACAAAUUCGAGGCUCACUUCAUCGGAGCUGGAGCAGUUUAUAUUUUCCUCUAUCGUCUUGAAGGACAACUUGAACUGCGACCCACAUACGUUGCCUAUUCCUCUGAAGAAUGCCCUAGUCAGAGACAUUGGAUUGCGUGCGGCGAUUGAGAAUUUGGUGCGCUCAUCGAUAGAGGCACGACCUAAAGGAAUCACCAGUGCUCUUGACCAUGUCUUUUCUCAAAAGGAUGCGGGAAAGGCGAUGAUCUACUCCGAAUGCACAUUCUUACAUGCACCAUACCAGAAUUGGAUCGAGAUCACUGUGGACAUCCCUAAUGCUGGUGGUGCUGAAGGACAACUUCUCGACAAGCGAUCUGUGCAGUUGAACUACAUCGAGGGGCAUCUGCUCAUCAACAAUGAGCCCCUUGGCCAGCUCCCCCCUACUCAUCGCGAACUGGAGCUUCUGAAAGAGUUGUUUGGCUUCGAGACUCUUUUUACGUGGCCGAGUAACAUCGAAGGAAUGGAUUACUGCCUAGCCACUCACAUGAAUGGACAUGAGGUCCAUUUCGGUCUCCGUAACGGCAAGCUUGUUAUCCGUGCAGUGUUCCAACGCAGACUUCUGGAGUUGCUACCACGGAAACUCUUCUAUCCUGACGAACGAAGCUAUGAUCUCCCUGCAGAUCUGGUCGAUAGCUGCUAUCACUGGCUUGAUCUUGGCACAGGCACCAUCGAUAUCCGCCGGAAGCCCGACAUCUGGAAUUUGAAGUAUUCCAAUUGGGCGAUCAACUACUACAAGCGCACUGCUCAUCGACGGGGGUCUGUUUUGGUAGAUCCCAACUCUUACAUUUACCGGUUAAUGGUAGACCAUUUCCGGUUCUUUGAGCUUCCAGGGUUCAUUACAGUCUUCCAGGGAAAGAAGCGUCUCUUCGCAGAGCUCAAACGACUCGAUCUCAGCUUUUUUGUGAACAGCCAACAACGGUUGGAGAGCUGGCAACUUCGAGCCGAGUUUGACUUGAAUCAGGACUGUGGGACGUUCUAUGGCCUUUAUUCUAAAAUAGUUUUUAAGGAUGUCAAUAACCCUGGGGAACGUUUCGUUCUGGUACCAUUUGGACCGCUUCAAUUCACCAGGUCCGGCGCGCAUGUAAGGGUCGCCGUUAAGAUGGAGGGCGAUGGAUACUAUAGGUACUUUGUAAACGAUACUUUGGGACGAAUCGACUGUGCUCCAGAGCCGCGAUUUCUUUACGAAAAGGCCCUUCUUCAUGCGUACACGUCAUGGAUUCUACCAGAUCCACUGACCCGGCGUACUGGAUCCGAGGAGGCAUUGCAUUGCUUACGUUCAGCGUCUAGCAUUCCUUGGCAACCGCUCAAUCCCACCUUGCACAAAACAAUUCUGACACAGAUCGCACACCUAACUCCUAUCAGAGUCUACUAUCCUCCUGAGAUGAAGAGGAUGCAAAGUAUCACAUGGGAUUCACACCUCACCACACACAUUCAGCAAGAACCGUAUCUAAGCGCGGUGCAGCGUAUCUUGGCUAAAUCAAAUGAGCUUGGGCGAUUCUAUGACACGAAUGGUACGCCAUACCAGAUGGAUGAGUCUCAAGGCGAUGCCCAUCUCUCUGAUCGAAGCCGGUACCGACGGCUCCUGUAUCAAAGACUCGCGAGCAUAGAGGAACCGCUCACCGGGGUUGUAGAUCUACUCUACCAAGCCAGAGGCGACGACAGUGGGUCUGCAGCGCGGUUGAAUGUCAUCCGGGUUGUGAAAGAUGUCAGAAAUGCAAAUCCAAGCUCUCUCCAAACCUGUGAAGAUCUUAUGGGCAAACUUGAGAGUUGGCCGCUUAUCGGGGGGUUCGAUACACCUUUUUCCGGUGGCGUUCUCUCCGAGAUAUUGUCCCUCAAUAUAUCGGAGCACUGGGGCAGCCUGGUGUCACUUUGCAGAUGCUUGAACCUGGAAGACGAAAGCAUGAUGAUGUUCCUGUUUGCGAAGAUCUGUUUCCGAGAUGAAGUUGACAUGGAUGCAAUACGUACGCUCCUGGUCUACGUAUUUGUCGAAGAACUCAAAGUCAUACCGCCGCCUGAGUUCGAAUGUUUUGUUGGCUUCAAGGCAUAUCAAAAGUUUCGAAAAUCAUUCAUUCAUGAAAGAGUCCCUGAGUUUGCCGAGCCUCCUCCCCCUGAGAUUCGACAAUUUUCACGAACCGAGCAGACCGACAUCCGCAAGGACUAUGAGCGCCAUGUCAAGCGCGAUUGUGAUCGGCUGGGCGAUCUACUGACAAUACAAUUCCCGUGCGCUUGGCACAAUGUGAAAGGGUUGUCCGACAUUGCAUUCGGCUAUAUCAGGCUCGACGAUGCUUUAGACAGCUUAAAGGCAGAAUGGUGCCGUCUCUACGCGAACUUCCGUCUCUCACCGUACAUUGAGGCAGUGCAGCACGCCUUGCACAAGCUUUACGUAUCGCAAAACGAUACUUUCCCUAAGUCAUUUUCCCAGAAAAGGUUUCAUCUCGAUAAUUGCCGGGCAGAGAUUGACAAGAGGACAACGACAGAAAUCCUGGCUUCGCUGCUUCCCUUAAGCUUCCAGAUUGAUGGGGUGUCGUUCAGAUCCAUGGGCCGGAUGUUCCCCUUGGAGGAGCUUUUCUCCCAGCAUCGGAUCGAAAAUGGCCCUGGAGAAUCCCAUCCAAACACCCGCCAACCACUAAAUGCCUCCGCAGAGGUGAUUGAGCUAGAAAAAAUCCUGACGCCCCUCGUCCAAAGUGGUUCUUCAAUUCGGAAUCUGUACGGUGCGGAUUUACGCAAGAGUCUGGAUGCAUUCAAGUCCACCAAAACUAUGGAUCGCAUGGGAUUAGGCGAGCUCAAUAGUCAGACGCUACAGUCAUAUAUCGAGCAAGCUCGAUCUGACAUAUUCCAACUCCUUUGUGCCGCGCAAAAUGGACCUUCUUCAGCAUCACCGCAAGCCUUCUGGAUGCAGAGCGGCGGGCUCUGGCCGGCAGUGAGCGUUGUCUCGUUGUUAGAGACAAUUCGCACUUCGGCCGGAGCCCGACUUGUGGGCCCAGCCAAAGAUUUCGUCUUCCACUUCGCAGAUGCUAUCACUCGACUGCAGCGACUCCUUCGUCUAUGGGCAGCUGCGUCCAGAAGCAAUGAUCAAAUUCUCCACGCCGAAGUUGCGAAUAUGGGCACUCGGAACUGGGAUCCGAAACGGUUCCCAGACUGGCUUCUGCUGGAAAUCGAGUCCAAUAUUUCGAUUCGUCCUGAGCAGGUGGACGUCGCGAUGGCGACAAUAAGCCCCUCUGGUGGGAUGAACUCUCUUCUACAGAUGAAUAUGGGGCAAGGUAAGAGUAGCGUUGUCUUCCCGAUGGUGGCCUGCGUGCUUGCUGAUACAAGGCGCCUGGUCCGGUUGAUUGUACCGAGAAGUCUGCUUUUGCAGUCAGCGCAAGUUUUGCAAUCCCGCCUUGGAGGGCUAAUUGGAAGGGAAGUCUCACAUAUCCCCUUUUCUCGAAGGACACGUGCCACCGUGCAGAACAUUAGGGCAUAUCACGAUCUACAUCAGGCUGUGAGGCGCUCGGGUGGCAUUUUGAUCCAAAACCCGGAACAUGGUCUCUCCUUCAAGUUGAGCGGUCUCCAGAUGCUUCUUGACGGGAAGGUAGAGCAGGCUACUCCAAUGAUAAACGUUCAAAAUUGGCUCGAGAGACGGUGUCGCGAUAUUCUAGACGAAAGCGACAGUAUUCUAGCCGUCCAAACGCAGUUGAUUUACCCCUCCGGUUCUCAGAAGGUGCUUCCUGGUCAUUCUCAUCGCUGGGGAACUGUGGAGAAAGUGUUGAGCCUAGCGAAGGUGCACUUUUGGAGCAUCCACCAGCAGUUUCCAACCUCCAUCGAGGUCGUUGAACGACCCAACGGCGGUUUCCCAAUGGUAUACUUCAUGAGGCGGGAUGCAGAGAUUGCGUUGGUCAACAGACUGGUUGAUGACAUUUGCUCCGGCAGAAGUAGCAUUCUCCCUCAAGGAGAGGUCCUUCAAGAACAUGGAGAGCAGAUUCGGAGAUUCAUUUCAGAGGAGAAGGUCACUCCUGUUGAUGUUGAAGCGAUUCGUAACGGGUUUUGUGAAAUACCGACCAUCCGAGACGUGAUCUACCUUCUGCGGGGGUUAUUUGUGCACCGGAUUCUGAUCCUUACGCUAAAAAAGAGAUGGAACGUACAAUACGGACUACAUCCGGAUCGAGAGCCCAUAAGCGUGCCGUUUCAUGCAAAAGGUGUCCCUAGUGAACAAGCCGAAUUCGGUCAGCCAGAUGUAUCGCUCUUGCUGACAUCGCUAUCCUUCUAUUACGGUGGACUUACCCCUCAGCAGCUCCGUGGGGCCCUUCAGCACCUGAUGCAGACCGAUGAUCCUGCCAGCCACUACGAGAGAUGGAUACAUGCCCAGGGGGCUGUACCCGACUCGCUGAAGGAUUGGAUGGCCAUCAAUCUCGAUGACGAGAUUCAGCUCAAGGAAUUAUGGAGUUGCCUGCGGCUUGAGGUGCCUGUCAUUGACUAUUUUCUUAAUAACUUGGCCUUUCCAAAGCAUGCCAAGGUUUUCCCACAUAAGCUGCAGAGUUCAUCAUGGGAUAUUCCUUUAGCACAGUCUUCCUCGGCAGCCCCUCCUAUGCAGACUACGGGUGGUAAAGGUCAGGCUAGAGGAGCUCUGGCCCUCACCACAGGGUUCAGCGGUACUAACGACAAUCGGUUCUUACUUCCGUUCAACAUAAAGCAGCAAGACCUACCAAAGCUGUCUAGUGUCAAUGCCGAAGUUCUCAUAUAUCUUCUGAAGCCGAGAAAUAGGGACUGUGUCCUAGCUGUGGACCUCCAGGGAAAGCACAUUGGUGAGAACGGUUUACUGCGGAUGCUCUGCGAGAAAGGGAUAAUGAUCCUUAUCGAUGCUGGUGCUCAAGUCCUUGAGAUGGACAAUCUGACACUAGUCAAGGAAUGGCUAGGUGUGGACAGUAAGUUACACGGUUCCGAAGGUCACAGUGCUACUGCUGCCCUGUUUUUCGACAAAAAUAGCAAGCCUAUGAUCUACUCUAAGGGGGGGACACUCGUCCCACUCCUGGCUUCGUCUUUCGCGGAUAAUCUUGCUGGAUGUCUUGUUUAUAUUGAUCAGUCCCAUGCCCGUGGAACAGACUUGAAGCUCCCAGUCAAUGCACGGGGCGCUCUAACACUAGGGUUGUCUCAAACAAAAGAUCAACUUGUCCAAGCUGCCAUGCGACUUCGCCUUCUUGGCACUACCCAAAGCGUCACGUUCUUUUUGCCACCGGAGGUGAAUCAGAGCAUUCGAGAUCAUCGCGGAGCGGCAUUGAAAGGAGAAAUCACGUCGUUCGAUGUUGUGUCAUGGCUACUUGAGAACACGUGUGUCGGGAUCGAGCAAAUGCAGCCGUUAUUCAUUUCUCAGGGAAUGGACUACUGUCGGCGGAAACAAGCUGUGCUUGAUCAUCCCAGGGUUUUGGAGAUUGAAGGAGACCGUGAGAACUUUGUUCAGAUCCUUCGACAAAGAGAGGAGCAGAGCCUUGCCGAGAUGUACGAACCUCGAGCUCGGAGAAGGUUGAUGAUCAACUCUAGCCCAGGAGAGAUACGGAAUAUCAUCGGCGAACUCGACCGCUGUCGCAAAAGGUUCCAGGACACAGGCGAAGCUGUAAAUGCCUUUGCGCUCCAGGAGGUGGAGCAAGAAAGAGAGGUGCAACAGGAGGUCGAGAAGGUCCGACAGGUGCAAAAGCCGAUCUACUUCCAGCCAAUUAUCUUUGCUGGUCUCAGCCGGGCAAUCAAUUCGUUCAUUGAAACUGGUACCCUUCCAACGACCAGUUCGGACAUCGUCUCUGCUUUCAAAGUCCUCGAGCAAACUGCCACAGGCAAGAAGCAUAAGAUCAAGUACUGCGGUGAAGCCAGGUUGUUCGUCUCGGCAGAAUUCACCCGAACUGUACGAUCCCCUAGGGGGACCGCCAACGAUAAUUUCCUCAGAUCUGUGAACUGGCUGCUUUUGAGCGUAGAGUCUUGCCACGCUCUCAUCAUCACGCCUGAAGAGGCGGAAGCGGUUCUCGGGCUGCUUAGCAAGUGGGACAGCCGAAUACACCUCAUCACAUAUGCCGCUCCCAUAUCCCGACGCAUGCUAUGCUUCAACAACCUCCAAUAUUGGUCCUUCCCACCGCUCCCUAAGUUUUGGCGGGCUCCACCAUGGCUCACCGUCGAGAUCGGGGCGUUUGCAGGCCGUCUUUACUUCAGCUAUGAGGAAUACGAGUAUCUUGCCUUCUUCCUCGGAAUCUCUAACGAGCAAACGAACAACGAGCAAGGCGCCACAGAUGUCGAGAUGCGUAGCGACGAGUCCAGUAAUUGUGUCCAGGGGAGCUCUUCAAAUAUGGCUAUGGAGGCCGUUCAUGUCGAUUCAAUCCCCGCUAACGACGUGGAGAUGUCUCUGUGUACUUCGGCGGCUUCUUCGGCGGCUUCUUCAGCGGCUUCUGAUACUGAUUCUACAGCGAUCGAUGGGGCUACCAGUGAUAAUACCGAUGCAAAACAGCAACACACUAUAUCGGUGCUCAAUUGGCCUACUUCCCCCGUACUUGGUCCAAGAAACUCGUUUGCAUUCAUGAAAGAUUGGAUUUCUAUGCGCCGACGCGGGAAAGACUUUUCAGAUUCUCCAAUGGGCUAUGUCUGCCAACGAAGCCCGCUCUCUGCCAACCACCCUUUCUUCACGGCAUGGACCGAGCCUACUCAGAGGCGCAUGCAUGCGCAGUUCACAAGCACGGCGGAAGACGAACAGGACGACGAGGAAGAAGAUGGAUUCGAUGAAUACGAAAUGAUCGAGGAACCGGGGCGCGUAUUGAAUCCGAUAGAUGAGACCAAUGAUCCAGCAUUCGAUGAGCAUGCGUCUAGCGAUGAGCAAGCCUUUGAAGAUUGGGCGAAUGAUGUCGAUUUUGACAAACUGGGUGUACAGGUAACUGAAGAGAAUGGAAAGGGACUGGCCCCCAGCAAUUGAAUAUCAAUUGUGCUUUCUAUCUGACGACAGACUAUAGUUGGACAAAU